AGAAGACGAUCAAGGAAAAAGAAGAAGAGGAGGAAGAAGAAGCCGCGAUCAUUUGUCGUUGUUUACUUUGCUGAAAGGCACUUUGAUUUAAGGAAAUUCAAGACUCGACAGUGUUCUUUUCCAGACCGUGAAAAUACGACAUGGCGACCACCAUCAGCACUCAGAGGGGACAGGUGUACAUCGGGGAGCUUCCCCAGGACUUCCUACGAAUCACUCCAACCCAGCAACAGCAGCAGGUACAACUGGAUGCCCAGGCAGCCAGACAGCUGCAGUAUGGAGGCUCAGUGGGCACUGUAGGGCGACUCAGCAUUACUGUGGUCCAGGCCAAGCUGGCUAAAAACUAUGGCAUGACCCGAAUGGAUCCAUACUGCAGGGUCAGACUGGGCUAUGCAGUCUACGAAACACCAACUGCUCAUAACGGAGCCAAGAACCCUCGUUGGAACAAAGUGAUUCAGUGCACAGUGCCUCCUGGGGUUGACUCUUUCUACCUGGAAAUCUUUGAUGAGAGAGCGUUUUCGAUGGAUGACAGGAUAGCGUGGACUCAUGUCACCAUCCCUGAAGGCCUGAGGGAGGGCAACGUGGUGGAUGAGUGGUUCAGCCUUAGUGGCAGGCAGGGUGACGACAAAGAAGGCAUGAUCAACCUGGUGAUGUCUUUUGCUUCCUUACCAGCAGGGAUGAUGACUCAGUCUGUUGUCCUAAUGCCUUCUGUAUAUCAACAGGGAGUGGGAUAUGUGCCCAUUGCAGGGGUGCCUGCAGUCUACAACCAGGGCAUGGUACCCAUGGCAAUGCCGACAGCCAUGCCAGCUAUUGGGGGCCAGGGGCCAGUGUGCAGUGAGGAGGACCUGAAGGCGUUGCAGGACAUGUUUCCCAACCUGGAUAAGGAGGUAGUUCGCACUGUGCUGGACGCACAGCAGGGAAACAAAGACGCUGCCAUUAACUCGCUGCUUCAGAUGGCCGAGGAGCUCUAACUGCAGACCACACUGGGAGUGGACAUGCCAACAUACACAUCUGCAUGCACACAGAUCUAAAAAUUAGCCUUUACUCACAGAGAGGCUGCCCACCCUUUUACAAACAUCCACAGUCCUCCCACAGUGUGACCUACCCUCACCCUGUAGCCAUGUCUGAGCUCCCACCGCCACCAGCUCACAGAUUUAUGUCCGUCUCCCCUUACUGACUCCUUGUCAGCCAACCAGUACACAGUAUGGACUGUCUCUGCCUCCACACAGCUCAACUCCCACUGGAUGAUCAACUCCCUUUGAUUUUAGUAUUUUUUUUUGUCUUAAAAAUCAUGGCAUAUCAAUUUGGUCAAAUAUGCAAGCCAUGGCAUGAUCAUAAAGGGUUGUAUAAGAGUAGAGAUUCAAACUACAUGUUGGGUUGGCAGUAAGUCUUAUUAGCUUACAUAAUUUUGUGUUUCUUAAUUGUUUCAGUGUCAUACUAUUUUACUGUCGUCAUGCUAUUCAUAUGUAUUCAUACACUGAUCCUAUUCUUUAGUGCACUGUUUGAGCUGUAGCGAGUUCAUCUUCCAUUUAUGUUGAUCCUUUCCUCAAUAGUAUGCUUUGCGCCAGUCUGUAGUAACUUGCAGGGAACUACAGCUCUAUUCAGUUAUAUAGAAAUAUGCAUGUGACAAGAGAUUUGAGGAUGAGUAACUAAAUUAGAAGAAAUCUGUUUAGAAGGAAAUAUUCUUACUCUACACCUCAGCCCUCUGCUCUGAGUCAUCUUUCACAAUGAUAGCAAAAUUCCUUUGCAUUGUUUUGAUGUAGCUCCCUUUCAGGCUGUGAGUAAGGAUAUGAAGACUCUAUUCAGUAAUGUAACACCCUUUGGAGUCACUUUUCAAAUGAACUGGGAAGUUUUAAGAUGCAGUGUGAAAAUGGAGAUGCUCAGAUGCUUGGCAGGAUGUUGUCUCUAGAGUUCCGUUCACUUCCAUUCACUUUUGAUUAGCUAAACAUCAACAGCUGUUCUUAGAAAUACUUUUUGCCCCUCGAGCUGUGAGGCCUAAGUGACUAGACUUGAGAUGAAAUGCCCCCCAUCUCCUUAUUGCAGGGCCAUCAUUAGGAUCAAACAUGUACACAUGAAGAAGAGGACAAAUUUGUGGAGCUUGUUUGUGCUUCAUGUUGACUAUAUCAGACAGCAGCUUCUAUCACUACGAGCACAUAGUGUUUUCCAGCAGCUGUGUUUGCAUGUGUUGUAGUACCUAAAGCUUUCUGUUGUCUUCCAGGUUGUGAAGUUUUGUUGUUAAAGCACUGUCUGCCAAAGUUCUCAUUUAAGCAGGCUGGAUGUUUGUCUCUUCAAAACUGUUGCUGUAGAGAUUUUAAAAAUUCGUCAAGUGAAUUUUUAAGUCGAGGCACUUUGGUCUUAAAUUUGAUUUUAAGAUUUUAAAAGUUAUUGACACUCUGGCAACUGCAAAGUGUGAAGUCAGAAGACAAUAACAAGUCGUACAGAUUAUUUUUGGAGCAAUGUUAACUCCACUGGUAUCAAUUUGUUGUGAGAAUGGAAAGCCUUUCUGUGAGGUUAUGCCCUUCAAAAUGUCAUACUGUCAUUAAAGUAUUUGUGAAACAAAAAA